CAUGAUAAACAGAUUAUGACCUCAUCAAUUUUUUUUUAAACGCUUCUCAGUUGUCUAAAGCCGCCAUAUUGGUUAUCCGUCUUGUUGUUCAAAAAUGAAGUACCGCAAAUUAUCACCUAGUACUUCUUGAAUCAGCAAUCAAGAUAAAUCAGUAUAUAUAACCAACCACAAACAGUUAACCUGUUCGCAGUCACAAAAUGAAACUAAGUUACAGUACUAUAAUUUUCCAGUGUUUGCUCGCCUUCGCCUCGUGCGCUUUACCCACUCUGUACGAGUACUACACCGGUGAUGGAAUCUCCUCCGGGCUUUCCGUCGACCAACCCUACUUCACCCUCAACGGCAAAAAUAUAACCAUCUAUGGUGGCGCUAUGCACUACUUCCGCGUCCCUCCGCAGCACUGGAGGGACCGUCUUCGCAAACUCCGAGCCGCUGGUCUAAACACAGUCGAAACAAUCUUAGCUUGGAACAUCCACGAACCCAGAAACGGCUACUUCGACUUUGGGAGUGGAGGAACGGACAUGGAAGCUUUUCUUGAUCUAGAAGGGUUUUUGACGGCUGCACUUGAAGAAGACUUACUAGUGAUAGUACGACCAGGACCCUAUACUUGUGGCGAGUGGGAAUGGGGAGGUUUCCCCAGUUGGUUACUCAGAGAAGACACUCUCAAAGUUCGGACGUCCGAACAAACUUACAUGAAGUACGUCGAACGGUACUUCGGAAACGUAUUGCCGAUUCUAGCUAAGUACCAAUUUACUAACGGAGGUCCGAUUAUCGCGGUACAGGUGGAAAACGAGUACGGUUAUAACCCAGACAUUGACAAAGUGUAUCUUCAAAGUUUGGUGGACUUGAUGAAGAGUAAUGGUAUUGUGGAGUUGCUAUUUACGUCUGAUGGUGCGAGUAGUGGUACUGCUGGCACUCUUCCCGGAGUUUUGUUUCAAACGGUGAAUUUUGGGUCAGAUGCGGCCACUUCGUUCCAUAUUCUUGAAGGGCUGCAGCCUGGGAAGCCUGUGAUGGCGAUGGAGUUUUAUCCAGGUUGGUUUGAUCAUUGGUCUGAGGGUCAUCACACUUUGAGUGAUAGUGACUUCAGGGCGAACUAUGAAGAUAUUCUAGGGUACCCGGCUUCGGUUAACCUGUACAUGUUUCACGGUGGUACUAAUUGGGGUUUUUUCAAUGGGGCGAACAUCGGACCUGGGGAUAAUUCGCAGUUUCAACCUACUACCACGAGUUAUGACUACAACGCACCAUUGACAGAAGCUGGUGACUAUACCAGCAAGUAUGAUAUAAUUAGAGAGUUGUUGGUGCAGUAUAACCCAAUAGAGACACUAGUACCGGAUCCGCCAGAACUGGUGGAGCGUCAAGAGUACCCAACUUUAUCCAUUGAUGGAUACUUAACUUUGGAAAACAUAGUCGCAAACUCGCAUGAGAUUAUCUUAACCACAAGUACUCUGUCGAUGGAGCAGCUUCCCAUUAACGACGAUUCUGGUCAAAGUUAUGGCUACAUUGUUUAUCGUGAAGGAGGUCUAAACAUAUCUGCCUACUCCAACCUUACCAUCACGGGACACAUUCGCGAUACCGUCAUGGUCCUGCUAAAUGGAGUAUUAAUAUCAAGUUCCUUGUCAAGUAGUGACGAUUUCAACAAUUUUGGUUACUGGAGACUCGAAAAUUCCACCAUUACUUUAACGACGGAAGAUUUAACUGACGCCACUUUGGAUAUCGUGAUAGAGAAUUUCGGGCGUGCCAAUUUUGGCAAUAUGUACCAUCAAUUCAAAGGACUUGUGGAAGACAAUCGCGUUUUUUUGAACGACGAAGAGCUUUGGUUUUGGGUGAUUUACCCUUUGGAAUUCCAGAGUUCCUGGACAAAGAACCUUACUGAUUGGAAUAAUGUCAGUUCAGAUUUACCCAAGGGUCCAGGAUUGUAUAAAGCCACUUUAACUGUCGAUGAAGAUCAUACUGACACCUUUAUAGACAUGAGUGAGUGGAACAGGGGUGUGGUGAUAGUCAAUGGGUUUGUCCUUGGAAGGUACGCCUUUAUUGGUCCCCAACAGACACUGUACUUACCAGGCCCGUUUCUACAGACCGGGGACAACGACAUAGUUAUUUUUGAACACUUUGAGCCUGCCAGUGAAGUGAAAUUUUCCAAAGAUGCUAUAUUUAGUAACCCGUAAGAUUUGUUGUCAUGUAAUCUUGAAGUAUCAUUUCAAUAAACAAACGAUAUAAAUCCA